AUGGAGGUGGGGAACCAGACCUGGGUCACCAAGUUCAUUCUGGUGGGGUUUCCUGGUAGCUUGAGCAUGCGCACUGCAGUGUUCCUGAUGUUCCUGGUGUCCUAUGUUCUGACAGUGACUGAAAACAUGACCAUCAUCCUUCUGGUGCAGCAGAAUCGGCCACUGCACAAGCCCAUGUACUUCUUCCUGGCAAACUUGUCCUUUCUGGAGACCUGGUACAUCUCUGUGACAGUGCCCAAGCUGCUCUUCAGUUUCUGGUCUAUGAGCAACAGCAUCUCCUUCACUCACUGCAUGAUACAGCUUUACUUCUUCAUCGCACUCAUGUGCACAGAAUGUGUACUCCUGGCGGCCAUGGCCUAUGACCGUUAUGUUGCCAUCUGCCGUCCACUCCACUAUCCCAACAUCAUGAGCCAUGGGCUCUGUUUCCGCCUGGCCCUUGGUUCCUGGGGCAUAGGGUUUGGCGUCUCUUUGGCAAAGAUCUACUUCAUCUCCCGUCUCAGCUUCUGCGGGCCCAAUAUCAUCAAUCACUUCUUCUGUGACAUCUCUCCAGUACUCAACCUCUCCUGCACAGACAUGUCCAUAGCUGAGCUGGUGGACUUUGUCCUGGCCCUGGUCAUCUUUCUCUUCCCUCUCUCCAUCACUGUCCUGUCCUAUGGAUGCAUCCUGACCACUGUGUUGCGCAUGCCCACAGGAAAGCAGAAAGCCUUCUCCACCUGUGUUUCCCACCUGGUGGUGGUCACCAUCUUCUACUCAGCCACAAUUUUCAUGUAUGCCCGGCCACGAGCCAUCCAUGCCUUCAAUAUGAACAAGGUUAUUUCUAUCUUCUAUGCCAUUGUCACCCCAGCUCUCAACCCUUUCAUUUAUUGCCUCAGAAAUCGGGAGGUGAAAGAAACUCUGAAGAAAUUGUCCUGUUACCAGGCAACUGGGUCUACCUAA